AGGCUCACAUCGUCGAAAUUUUGAUAUCCACCUUCUUCACGACCUAAAAAAUUGAGACAUCAAUGAUGAAGGUAGGCAUUAUCGGAGGUGAUGGCGCUAUGGGUCGCGUGAUGGCUACGAUCUUUGGGCCCCACGCUGACGAAUAUUUCCUCGUAACCCACACUCAGAGAGACAUGUCCCAGCAGCAUCAGGAGAAUGUGCGGGUGGUCGAGAAGUCUGAUUUGGUAGUUUCAGUUAUGGCAUUCGAAACUGAAUUUUUCUAGAUAGUGGUACAUUCAUUUUCACAAUCUAGAGACACACCCAUCCUCUUCACCUUGCAGCAGCAUCCUCUAAUCCCCCGUUCUCCUGCAUCUCUCCGAACGUGUCGUGGGCCAACUGGGACCUCAUAUACGUGAGAGCCAGAUCAGUAUUGACAUCGCUGCCGUAA